GUGCUCGCUAGCUCAGUUGCUUUGUUGCUCAUACGAGGCAUUGCCUUAGGAGUUCAACGUUUGAAGUUGGUGGCGCUUUUAUGCAAAUGUGAAUUCUCGAUAUAGUCUCGCUUCGUUUCAGGGCUUGCAGGCGCAGGCUCUCGAACCUUGAAGCUUACAGGUCUAGUGAAUUUGCACUUUGUGCUCAGUUUGCCCGAAUUGCUGGCUUCCUGGUGGCAUUCCUGCGGCUGCCAUGGAAUGCAUUCUGAGCGGGACGCAGGUCAAGAGUUUCUGCAGAGCCGUCAACUGCUUAGCUCGAGUUGGGGCGGAGUUGCUGCUUGAAGCUCUUCCAGACAAGUUGAUCUUGCGGACGCUCAACUCGUCACGUUCGGCCUUCUUGGAGAUCUCGUACAAGACGCAGUUCUUUGACAGCUUCCAGACCUCGUCUCCUGUCGCACAAUGCAGUGUUCUACUAAAGUCCGUCUGCACCGUGUUCCGAACGCCACCUAGCAACGUAGACCGCCUCAGCAUCAGCAUGCCGGUUGAUGCAGCCAAGGUGCAAUGGACGAUUGACUGCCUUGACGGCAUCCGCAAGACGUACUGGAUCUCGUGCAGCAACGACUGCGAGAUCCUGCAAGCGGCGGUCGACCGCGGCACCUUCCCCAGUCACCUGGUGGUCAAGCCACGUGACCUGAGCCGGCUGCUGGCCAAUUUCCAAGCGUCCCUGCAGGAGAUCACCAUCAUUGCAACGGAGCCGGCGGCGACGCCCUACACCGAGGCGUCAGCGGGGACCGAGGCCAAGGCGGUCGAGAUGCGCAGCUUCGUGGACCGGACAAAAGAGGCGACAGACGGCGCCCUGCACACGCAGCUGUGGAUCGAUCCUGCAGAGGAGCUUCAGGAGUAUUUCCACCAGGGAGAAGCAGUCGACGUCACGUUCAGUGUGAAGGAGCUCAAGGCCAUGGUGGCAUUCUGCGAGGGCGCCGAGGCGGACAUGCACAUGUUUUUCGACAGGGCCGGCGGGCCCGUUCUCUUCGCGCCCCGCUUCGGCCUCGACGACUCGGAGCACUCCGACUUCGACGCGGCGCUCGUUCUCGCGACCAUGAUGGACUCGCAACUGCGACCGCCAGAGGCCGAACAACCGGGCGCCACACCAGGCCCCGGGAAUCAUGACCCGGGCACUUCUGCCACGCCCAACCAGCAGCGGCGGCCCCCGGAAGACGCCCCCACGUCCGUGAACCGGUCAGAUCGGACGAACACGUGGUCGGAGCUCUCGGGGAGUGGCGCACGGACUGGCGCGGGACCGAGCCGAGGGCCGGACUCGCAAGGCGCCCAGCGCAGCGCCCAGGGGAGCGAGGAGAUACCCAUCAGGGAGCCGCCCAGAGCGGCGGCCCCUGAAGCGAACCAGAACUCGGACGACAGGUCAGCCGGACCGUCCAAUCGGGAGCCCGAAGCACAAGCCAGUGGACGAACCAACUGGCAGCAAACCUUCGCCACUUCAGAUGCAUCCAAAGAUCCUGCCAAAACCCAAGCAGCCGACGCCCACAGAGAUCCGUUAGUCCCUCAAGAACGACCGUCGCGGCCGCACUUUUACAUGGAUGACGACGGGGAGGAUGAGAGGAUGUCAGAGGAGGAAGAAGACGAGUUUGUGGUGCCGGCAACACCACCGGAAGAAAGAGGGGCGUAUUGAUCAAUUGGACGUAUCUAACUCAGUGAGUGCUGCCGCUUCAGCCAAUUGUCUGUUUAUCAACAAUCGAGCAGAGUGCUGUUCAGCCUACAGUGGACGUGGCUGCGUGUCUGGGGUCAUUUUGACGGCUCUAACGCACACCAAUUUUCUCAUCACGAUAUUAACCGUCAUUAACCUAGAUAAUCAGCUCUUCGGCCCGCUAACCGAG